AUGUCGCAAAAAGAACAGCGCCAGAAUCCUCCGGUGGUGGACGACGACGAUGACGACGAGCCCGAUGAGUGGGACAAGCGGAUCUUCAGUACGGGCUGCGCAGUCGAGCAGGAUAAAAUGAACGACUGCUACUUUGCUAAAAAAGACUGGCGCAGUUGCAAGGACGAGAUGGAGGCAUUUCGUGAAUGCUGGAAACGCCAGGGCAACGACCAGCGCACCCAAACCAAGGACGCGUAG